AAUCGUCGUAUAUACAAACGAAGUGCCAGGCUGUGAAGAUGGUCCUAUCAGAAAACGCCAGUAUAAUUUUCCGUCUGAGGGGCACGUUGGAGUUCUCCUGCCAGCUUGACAGCUCCAACGAAUCAAAUAGCCAAAAUGCUAUUUCAGAAGGUUUCCAAUGUCUCCGCUCCAAGGUAUCCUCAGAGCGUCUCGUUAUCAGUAUUCGUAACAGCCCCGUGUUGAUCUGGCCGAACGGGGGUUUGCGUACGACACCUGAGAGUUUAACAGAAAGCACGCCGUGCUGUGAUAUCCUACAGCAUAUACAGCUAGAUGAGGAGGAUGGAGGAGGCAAAAAGUCCAAAAAGAAAGACAAGAAGAACACUGUGGUAAGUGUAGUUAAUAUGAAGAUGCUGAUGGAGGUGACACGGUCAGGCCAGCUCAUUGCUCCCAGUCUGUGUAGAGUGAACAGAGAACAUCACUCUGCGUGUAUGACACUACCCAUAGACUGUGUGCUGUCUGCGUCUGGGGACGAGAGCGUCGGGGAUGUGUGUGAUGGCCUGGUGAGGGCGCUGUGUGAUCAGCUGAUUGAUAUGGAGAGAGUGGUGCAGCAGUACAGAAAGGGCACAGCACUGUUGGUCCCUCAGCCUUUUCACUUCAUGCUUCCACAGAGCGCACGCCUGGCGACCGUAGUCUACCCCGCCGGCGUGUCGGACAGUCAGCUAGAGUCUGUCAGGAAGGAACUGCACGGUAAAUUUGAAUUACCAGAGGACAGGCCGUACCUGAGACGGGCCAACGCCUUUCACUUCCCCGACGAACCUCACAGAGACGGGUACCUCCGCAACCCCCACGCCCACCUGACCCCACCCAACGUGCAGGACGCCGCGCUGUAUUUGGUGCAGGGUGUGUAUAGCUACCAUCACUACAUGCAGGACCGCAUGGAUGAUAAUGGGUGGGGAUGUGCCUACCGCUCUCUACAGACCAUCUGCUCCUGGUUUCAGCAGCAGGGCUACGUGGACCGAGCCGUCCCCACACACAGGGAGAUCCAACAGGCUUUGGUGGAUGUGGGCGAUAAGCAGCCGGCUUUCGUGGGUUCUCGUCAGUGGAUCGGGUCCAUCGAGGUGCAGGCUGUGCUAAACCAGCUCCUGGGAAUCACCUCCAAGAUCAUGUUUGUCAGCCAGGGGGCGGAGCUCGCUUCAAAAGGCAGGGAACUAGCCAAUCACUUCCUCACUGAGGGAACACCUGUCAUGAUUGGAGGGGGCGUGCUAGCACAUACUAUUCUCGGAGUAGCGUGGAGUGAGACCACAGGGCAGAUUAAAUUCCUCAUCCUGGACCCCCAUUACACUGGAGGAGAGGAUCUUCACAUCAUCACAGAAAAGGGCUGGUGUGGAUGGAAAGGACCAGAAUUUUGGGACCAGAACGCCUAUUACAAUCUCUGUUUACCACAAAGGCCCAAGAUGAUAUGAGUCUUCUCUCGCUGGACCUCACCUCUGGAAACAAAGACGCGUCAUUAAUGUUAUUAACGUGCAGACAAAUCACCAC